AUGGCAAGAAGCUUUAUGGACCUCAUCUGGGACUAUGCGGUGUUCAUCGUGUUCAUCAUCUUCUCCACGCUCGUCCCACUGUGGGGUCGAUUUUUCGGCAAAAAGGAGAAAACCAAGGCCGACUACGUGUUUGGUCUCGGUACGAUCUCGAUGGGCGCCAUGAUGCUGUCGAUCGCCCGCGGUACCCUCGGCGUCCGGUCGUUCCUGGGUUACCCGAGCGAGCUGUUCUACCGCGGGUCGGCGAUGUGGGAAACGCUGUACGGCAUGGUGACCGCCUACCCGGUCGUCUGCUUCAUCUUCAUCCCGGUGUACUUUAACCUGGGCGUGACGUCGGUGUACCAGUAUCUUGAUCUGCGCUUCAACAGCCGGCUGGUGCGAUGCCUCGCCUCCGGGACGUACAUCGUGCGCUCGCUGCUGAACCUGGGCGUGACCGUGUACACACCGACCGUGGCCAUGAACACCGUCAUCGGCAUUCCGUACUGGGCAUCGCUGAUCGGCAUAUCGGCUAUCAGUAUCGGGUUUAAUCUGCUUGGAGGUUUGAAGGCCGCAAUCACCGCCGAUGUCAUCCAGGGCGUUACGAUGAUCCUCAUUUCGCUCGGCAUCAUCAUACAGGCGAUGGUGACGGUUGGGGGUUUCGAUAAGAUUUUCACCAUCCCUGCCGAAUCUGGUCGACUCGAUUUCUUCAACUUCACCGGAGACUUUACGGUGCGCGUGGACACCACCUCGGCCUGGCUUGGUCAGCUGUUCAUGUCGCUCAGUAUCUUCGGUUGCCAGCAGAACUUCGUCCAGCGCUACCUAAGCAUGAGCACGUUCAAGGAGGUGCGCCGUACGCUGAUGAGCAACAUCCCGGUCGUGAUCGUUCUCUUCUGUCUAGCCUGGAUCGUCGGCAUGGGCGUUUUCGCGGUGUACGCCACGUGCGAUCCGAUGCAGGCGGGAUACAUUAACAAAAUGGACGAAAUCCUUCCCUUCUUCGUGGAGGAUAAGUUUGCGUACCUGCCGGGUGUGCUGGGCAUCUUCAUGGCGUCACUGUUCAACGGGGCGCUCAGCUUGAACGUCUCCAAUCUGAACUCGUUGGCCACCGUCACCUGGGAGGAUUUCCUGUCCCAUCUGCCCCGCUUCAAGGGCAUCAGCGACAAGCAGCAGCUGAACGUGAUCAAGUUCAUCGGGUCCAUCUACGGUGUCAUCGUGAUGGGUGUUGGCUUCUCGGUGGGCCUGCUGUCUGGUGUGAUCGAGAGCAGCAUGCUGAUGACGUCGGCCACGUCCGGUCCGCUGCUUGGAGUGUUCCUGCUCGCCAUGCUGGUGCCGAUUGCCAACUGGAAGGGGGCCGCUUGUGGAAUGAUCGUUUCACACAUCCUCACACUCUGGAUCACGUUCGGAAGUCUAACGGUUUCGAAGGAAGUGAUUCUUCUUCCUACCACCAUUGAGGGUUGCACAAACGACACAUUCUCGUCCGGCAUUACGAAACCCACGAAAUCGUGGCUGCUAGCAAACACCCCGCUCGAGGUGGAGUCGGAAUUUCCGUACUUUGACUCGACGCUAGAGACACCUGCCGCCCAGGAGCGAGGCUUCCCGGAGAACAUCUACUCCGUGUCCUACAUGUACUACAGCUUGAUCGGCACGUUCCUCACGGUGGCCGUUGGAAUACUCGUGAGUGUGCUAACGUCGCACAGCGACGACGCAUACGAUCGGAAGCUGCUACAUCCGAUCGCCUACCGCUGCAGCAGACUGUUCCCCGGCAAGGAGCGCCGGUUCAUCGCCAAUCCGGACAUUCGUCCCAAGGACGCCGAACAGCCAGCCGUCGAGCAGAAGAAGUCACCCCUUGAGGAUCUCGAGCGAGACAAUUUGGGCUUCGACUCGCUAUCGGAGCAGUCGGGUGUUACCGUAGUCAGCGUCGACCCGAUACCGCCCAAGGUGCCGGACGACCGGGAAGUGUACCGGCAGCGCGAUGUAGAAGCGGCGCACUGACGCGGGACAGCAUUUUCCGCCAGCGUCAAUCAAACAAUCAAUAAGACUGUGAUAAACUCAGCGGACCUGCAGACGUAGGGCACAGACAGAGGUAGGGUAGGUACGGUAGCGAGCGCGGGCUCGGCAUUGACGGCGCCUGAUGACGGAUGGCUGCAGGCGACAGUUCCGGUGCCAAUCUCGACCCCAUUUUCUUCACCGCAAUAGUAUUUGUAGGACAGUGAAGUGCAUUAAUUUCGCCCUCCACAUCGACAAAAAAGAAAUAACAAAACUUGACAGGGCCCAUCAUGAUUCAAAGUACUUGAACCCCAAGUGUCUCAAUCAUUCAAAAGGGACUCAAGUAAUCGCGUGAAACUGUAUAAUACCAUUAGAUUUAAGCAUAAACUAGGCGGCUAUGUUCGAAUUGAAUUUCAAAGGGGAUGGGUCAUACUUGGAUUUUGUUUUAUGUUUGAUAUAAUUUAUAACUAAACGAGUCAUAAGAAACAAAUAUACGAAGAUAGAUUUAC